UGAGGGAGAGUUAAACUUUGUAACUGUGUUUUUAGGGUUUGGAGGUUUCCAGAACAAUGCAGUGCUGCGACUCAGGCUCUUCUUUCUUUGUAGUUCGCAGACCCCGCUAACUUCUUUUGAGCUUGCACAGUUCUUUACUUCUAGCCUCUAGUGGAUUGGAUUGGUAUACUUAUCAGGAGCAAGGAUCAACUGAGGGUAUGGAUUCCCUCGAGAGGGACGAGGAUACGAAGGAGGUAGCUCCAGAGUUGGAGAUUGAAGUAACCGGGAAGAAGCCAAAGCACAAAGGGAAGCAUGAUAAACCGAAGCCCUGGGAUACGGAUGAUAUUGAGCAUUGGAAGCUCGAGAAAUUUGACCCUUCGUUCAACGAGGGUGGUAUGCUGGAGGAGAGCUCGUUCGCUACCUUAUUUCCAGCGUAUAGAGAAAAGUACUUGCGAGAAACAUGGCCAGUGAUCACGCAGGCGCUAAAGGAGCACGGAAUCAAAGCCGUACUAGACUUGGUGAAAGGAUCUAUGACUGUAUCAACAACGAGGAAGACGCGAGACCCCUAUAUUAUCAUGAAGGCUCGUGAUCUCAUGAAGCUUUUGUCUAGGAGUGUCCCAGCACCUCAGGCACUCAAAAUUUUGGAGGACGAUAUGCAAUGUGACAUUAUUAAAAUAGGCAAUCUUAUUCGUAAUAAGGAAAGGUUUGUAAAGAGGAGGCAACGGCUGUUGGGUCCCAAUGGUGCUACAUUGAAGGCUCUCGAACUUCUAACAGGCUGCUACGUCCUUGUUCAGGGUUCCACAGUCUCUGCAAUGGGACCUUGGAAGGGCCUUAAGGCCGUACGUCGAGUUGUUGAAGACUGCAUCAAAAAUGUGCAUCCCAUAUACCACAUCAAGGCUUUGAUGAUUAAGCGAGAGCUUGCGAAGGACCCCGAGCUCAAGGAUCAAAAUUGGGAUAGAUUUUUACCAAAAUUCAAGAAGAAGAAUGUCAAAGCCAAGAAGGUCAGCAAGGAUAAGGAAAAGAAGGACUAUACACCUUUCCCACCUCCCCAACAACCCAGCAAGGUCGACUUGCAAUUGGAGAGUGGAGAGUAUUUUCUCAGUGCUGAAAUGAAGGCAGCUAAAAAAUGGGAAGCCAAAAAGGAGAAACAGAGUGAAAAGGCUGUCGAAAACAAGCGCAAGCGUGAGGCUGCAUUUAUAGCUCCUAAGGAAGAAAAGAGAACUGCAGAGAAUUCCUCGAAGGCAGAUCGAUCUAGUCAGAAUGAUGUCGCCGCUAUGGCCGCGUCACUCAAGAGCAAGAUGAAAAACACCUCAGAAACUACAGGAAACCAAGCGAAAGGAAUUGAAGCUUAUUUGGCAACACCCUCAUCAUCGAAAAAGCAAAAGGUUGCAAACGGUGAGCAAAGUGGUGAGAAGAAGAAAAAGUCCAAGAAAUCAGCUGAGAUUAAAUCUGAAUUUUGAAGUAGAUUAAAUCUAGUAUAGCAGAGAUGGAUGGGAGAAAUUGGGAAAAAAAAAUGUCUUUCAGACUGAUGAGUGUAGUUUUGCUAUUUAGUUUACUGGUUGAAAUUGCAAGUUUCUGUCGCAACAUUUGACGAAAAUUGGCACAAUGGGCUCAUGUGCGUUUGCGCAACAGAUCUAUCUGCUUACCUGAUCCGUUGGCUCUUUCUGAUUACAAAACCUGCAAAUGCUUGUAAAAGUGUUCCCACUGUUUUGAGGAUAUGAUGUGGGCACCAAUCCUAUUGGAUGUAACCUAAUAGAAAAUUGAUUCGAGCUUUUCCGUUGAA